GGCCGUGCUGGCGUAGACGCUUCCUGGCCAUGGUGGUGGUGGCAGCGGCGCCGAGCACGGCCACGGCGGCCCCCAAAGUGUUGCUCCUAUCUGGUCAGCCCGCCUCGGGCGGCCGGGCGCUGCCACUCAUGGUGCCGGGCCCGCGGACAGCAGGGUCCGAGGCGAGCGGGGCACCGCAGGCUCGCAAGCGGCAGCGCCUCACGCACCUGAGCCCGGAGGAGAAGGCGCUGCGGAGGAAACUGAAAAACAGAGUAGCAGCACAGACGGCUCGUGAUAGAAAGAAAGCCCGGAUGAGCGAGCUGGAGCAGCAAGUGGUGGAUUUGGAAGAAGAGAACCAAAAACUCCUACUAGAAAAUCAGCUUUUACGAGAGAAAACUCAUGGCCUUGCAAUUGAAAACCAGGAGUUAAGAACUCGCUUGGGAAUGGAUGCGCUGGCUACUGCAGAGGUUCCAGAGGCAGAGUCUAAGGGUAAUGGAGUAAGGCUGGUGGCCGGGUCUGCUGAGCGCAGCACUCAGACUAUGUGCACCUCUGCAGCAGGUGCAGGCCCAGUUGUCACUUCCCCAGAACAUCUUCCCAUGGACUCUGACGCUGUUGAUUCCUCAGACUCUGAGUCUGAUAUCCUUUUGGGUAUUCUGGACAAGCUGGACCCUGUCAUGUUUUUCAAAUGUCCUUCCCCAGAGUCUGCCAAUCUGGAGGAACUCCCAGAGGUCUACCCAGAAGGACCUAGUUCCUUACCAGCCUCCCUUUCUCUGUCAGUGGGGACCUCAUCAGCCAAGCUGGAAGCCAUUAAUGAACUCAUUCGUUUUGACCAUGUAUAUACCAAGCCUCUAGUCUUAGAGAUCCCCUCUGAGACAGAGAGCCAAGCUAACGUGGUAGUGAAAAUCGAGGAAGCACCCCUCAGCUCUUCAGAAGAGGACCACCCUGAAUUCAUUGUCUCAGUGAAGAAAGAACCUUUGGAAGAUGACUUCAUUCCAGAGCUGGGCAUCUCAAAUCUGCUUUCAUCUAGCCACUGUAUGAGACCACCCUCCUGCCUGCUGGAUGCUCACAGUGACUGUGGAUAUGAGGGCUCCCCUUCUCCCUUCAGUGACAUGUCUUCUCCACUUGGUACAGACCACUCUUGGGAAGACACUUUUGCCAAUGAACUCUUUCCCCAGCUGAUUAGUGUUUAGAAUCACCCAACACUGGGCCACUUUCCCCGACCAUUACACAGCCUAGAGGAUAGCAGAGGCCUGUGUGUCUCAUUAAAAGCCAAAGUAGAGGCUGCCUGGCCUUUAAAGAAUUCCUCUAAAGUAUUUCAAACUUCAUA